AACCCAGCGCGCCUGCACGUUGCAUGGGUCCCCAGCUAUCGAUACACAUUUACCCGCUGUGAUCCGUCCCAGCGACGUAAAACUGUGGGAUUACGGGACGGGGCAUAGAAGAGUCGGACGGGAGAGGGAUGGGGGGGACAAUCGGUUGGUCAUCGUAAGGAUAACUGAAAGCCGAGCCCACCCUUUCACUUGACAACGCGACAACAAGCUGGCAGAAAGGUCACAUUCUCAGCUGUCCCUCCUCCAUCCACUCUAACCUGCUGGGUUGGGGAAACCCCUGAUGAGUGGGACCUGUAUCCAUGAGCCCCGUGCCCCUUCCCCCUCCCUGUCAGGCUUUAGUACCCCGGUAUCAGAACCCCCUUAUCGGAGACUUGAUGGUGGCACCCCUGCCCGCACCCCGGAAACGGACCUGACCCCUACACAGUGUGUCCUCCGAAACGUGUUGUCAAUUGACACUAGUGGGUCGGGGGCACCGGGAGGCAGCAGCCCCACUCCCAGUGAUGGACCUUCAGGCCACUUUGAUAAUAGUGUGCUAAAACUACACGAACAUGAUGCCUGCCAGUGUGGAAGUGGCGCCGAGGCGGGCCACAGUCCAGAGGCAGGUGCUGUCCGGAGCCAUUCGGAAAAUAUUCGGCUCCAAUCGGGUAGUGGAGGUUUUUUGGAGGGUCUGUUUGGCUGCCUAAAACCUGUGUGGACCAUGAUCGGAAAGGCCUACUCUACUGAACAUAAGCAUAGCCAUGAAGAAAGCUGGGAGGUUCCAUUCGAGGAGAUCUCAGAGCUUCAGUGGGUGGGCAGUGGGGCGCAAGGGGCUGUCUUCCUAGGCAAGUUCCAUGGAGAUGAUGUGGCUGUGAAGAAAGUGCGAGACAUCAAGGAGACUGAAAUCAAACAUCUUCGAAAACUCAAGCACCCCAACAUAAUUACAUUCAAAGGGGUGUGCACCCAGGCUCCUUGUUAUUGUAUCUUAAUGGAAUACUGUGCGCAAGGCCAACUAUAUGAGGUGCUAAGAGCAGGUCGUAAAAUCACACCCUCACUCCUGGUUGACUGGUCCAUGGGCAUCGCAGGAGGCAUGAACUACCUACACCUACAUAAAAUCAUACACCGCGACCUCAAGUCCCCCAACAUGCUGAUCACACACGAUGACCUUGUAAAGAUCUCGGAUUUCGGAACAUCAAAGGAGCUCAGCGACAAGAGCACAAAGAUGUCAUUUGCGGGUACAGUGGCUUGGAUGGCUCCUGAGGUCAUUCGGAAUGAGCCAGUAUCAGAAAAGGUGGACAUUUGGUCAUUUGGAGUGGUGCUGUGGGAGAUGCUCACAGGAGAGAUCCCUUACAAAGAUGUGGAUUCUUCUGCCAUUAUCUGGGGUGUCGGAAACAACAGCUUGCAGCUACCUAUACCUGAGAGUUGCCCGGACGGCUUCAAGAUCCUCCUCAGACAAUGCUGGAACUGCAAACCCAGGAAUCGGCCUUCUUUCCGUCAAAUCCUUCUUCAUCUAGACAUAGCAUCAGCCGAUGUUCUGUCCACUCCGCAGGAGACGUACUUCAAAUCACAGGCUGAAUGGCGAGAGGAGGUGAAACAGCACUUUGAGAAGAUUAAAUCUGAGGGUACUUGCCUGCACCGACUUGAUGAGGAGCUGAUAAACCGACGCAGAGAAGAGCUCAGACAUGCUUUAGACAUUCGGGAACACUAUGAGAGGAAACUGGAGAGGGCGAAUAACCUUUACAUGGAGCUCAGUGCUGUCAUGUUGCAGCUGGAGCUCAAGGAAAAAGAGCUACAGAGGAGGGAGCAGUCCUUGGAUAAGAAGUACCCGGGUUUUUUUAAGCACCACAGCUCCAGGCAGAGUGGUUCUUCCAACAGCAUGGACAAGCUCAUCAAGAAAAGAAAUGUCCCACAGAAACUGCCCUCAGCAAAACGGCCAGACAUCCUGAAGUCUGAGGUAAUCAUUCCCAAAAUGGAUUCCUCUGUAAUGCAAGUCACUAUCCCAUCCUGCCCCACUAGAAGCUCUACUUCUCCCAAUCGAGCUCGGAGGGUAAAAACCCGCCACCGCAAGCCUGGAAAAGGCAGCAGUGGCGAUCUGGCAGGACUUAAAGCCAAUCACUCAUCUCCCAAUAAAGAAUCAGUGGUCCAUGUUAAUAGCUCAACGUCUGAUUCCUCCAAGCAGCUUCUGGAGCCCUCUGCAGCACUGCGGGGUCUCAACCAUGAGCAGCAGCAAAGGCAGAUAUCAUCCUCUAGCCCUGACCUGAUCUGUACCACACUUGAGGUGGGCAACCAAGGAAAAGAGGAUCCUCCUCGAGGUGCGCUAGAAAGAGGUGGAAGUCUCAGCGCUUCUGUGGGAUUAACAGAAUCAGAGGUGGGGGUCACCGGUUUGGAUGACCUCACAGAAACUCCCCCGCGAAGUGACACUCCUAGCGAGGAUGCUGCGUCAUUCCCCUUCUCGAGCAGCCCCGACUCACCUUGUGGGAGGGGGGCAGCAGCUGGGCGUGGAUCUCUCGGAUCUCCCCGUCUAUCCCAUGAUGGGGGAGAGGAUAAAGAAGAUGGGGCGGGCAGCGUAAGGUUGCCCAGGGGUGCUUCAGGGGGAAUUGGGAGUCAGCACCUCACACCUUCAGCCAUUCUCUACAGGGCAGCUAUUACAAGAAAACAGAGGCGUGGGGUGUCGUCAGAAGAGGAGGAGGGUGAAGUUGACAGUGAGGUUGAGUUGCCACGGAGACGACGUCCGACAAGCAUCACCAAGUGUCAGUCAGUGUCAACCUUCAGCUCAGAGAACCUGUCCGUUUCGGAUGGCGAGGAGGGCCACACUACAGACCACUCCCACAGCGGCACGCCUGAUGUAGUCAGCACCAACACGGAUGACAGGUUGGACUACCGCAGUGAUGACCUCCUCUCUCAGGGCUCAGAGAUCCCAGCAGACAACACAGAUCCUGCUCAGGCUUCCGAUGGCCUGUCAGAGAGAGACGCAACGCUGGGUCAGGCCAAAACAAAGCUGGAAGGCGACCAGAAUCCAAAUGAGUGUCGGGUCCUAUGUGACGAUUCGGAUUGCGACAGCGUUGAGCUAGACCAGUCAGGCAGCGGAGAGCCAAGCAGACCUCCCAGCGCCGGAUCAUGGAUGCCGGUCUCUCAAGGAUCAGCGCAGGCGUCUCACCCAGGACCACCAUAGACAUCUGGACCCAAAUACCUCUAACCCUUGUACAUUGAAACGUCAUUAGUGCACCAGUCGGCCAGUACAGCAUGUGAGAAGGGAUCACAACUAUGAAAUACUGUAUUUUUAAAAAGGUUAUGAGGGCUCCCAAUUACAUUGGCUGGCAAACCUCCACCACAUGACAUACAUUUUUUUGUCUAUUUUUUUUUUCAGAUUGUCUGAUAAUCUGAUAGUUCAGACAUCAACUACUGUUCGUAGUCAGAAUAGGUACCGAGGUAACCACCAUAAAUCCUUUAGUUCACUCACUCCCAUACACUAAUGCAUUAAAUACUAAUGAAUAAUAAUGUAAAUAAUCAUGACAUACCGAUACCACAUGAGAAAUAUUUUAUAAAAUAAAAUCUAAGAAUAAAUGGUUUGCAGCCCUGUGAACAAAUGCAUGACUAUAUGUUUAUAAUUUAUGAUUCGAAUGUAUCCGUUUUAUAUUUUGUGAGAGUUUACACUUUUUUAAUCCUAAAAGUAUUUCCUCUGUUAUGUUCAUAAAUGUCAGUACAAAAAAAGGAAAAAAAGGAAAUGAAAAUUUCAUAAUGAUCAGUCUUCAGUGUGGUUAAGAAUUCUCAGUAGAAUUGAUUUGUAAAAACACCCCUGGUAGGUUUUCCGGCACACUAUUCACGUGUGGUUUUCACAAAAAUUUGUGAUGGAAUUGGAGACCAUUUGGUUCACUCAACAGGAAAUGAUUGUCAUUGUGCAGUAGUAAUUUCCAAGUGUUGUCUUCUGUGAGCGUAAAGUAGUGCCUGCACUCACAGCGACAACCUCUUCUGACAUGCACUGAACCAGGACUAUGACUUACGCUUCAAAUCUUUCUAAGCAACAACACUGGUGCAGGUGCUAAUAUACAGUACGUGAAUGUGCUUUUGUAAUCAACUAAAAGGACUCAUUAUGUCGGUCGCCUUCAUAGAAACCUCCACAAUCCCCCCACAACCCUUUAAGAUUUCUGCAGGAGUAGCCUGAUAAUGUAUAGAGCACUUUACUGUGGUCACUUGUCGAAAUAUUAAGUAUCCUUUGAAUAGAAAUCUUUUGUUUUUAUACAGCAUUGCACAUUGUACCUGUAAUAUAGGAAUUAUAUCAAAAGAGAAAUAAUGAGCUACAAUAAAUAAUGUAUUGGUUACAAAAAAUCUCUGUACUUGUUUUUUCAAAUUUACUCAUUCAAUGCCUUGGACGGGGAUAGACAUCCAGUAAAGAUGAGAGGAAAAAGUAGACUAUGACAGGGCAUUUAUUGCCGUCAAUGGCAGCUAAAGUGUUAAAAAUGUGUUUGUCAACGUAGCUCAAAUUCAAUUUGACCAAAAUUAAUUGGAAGUGACUGAGAAACAACCCAAAAUAAAUAGGAAGGGACCUGGCUGGGCCCCAAAAUCAACUAGAAGUGACUUGAAGUGACCCAGAAAUGUCCCAAAAUCAGCAGCAAGU